AUGGCGUCCGAAAGUGUUCCAGGCGCUGAAAGCGAGACGACCAACGGCAGCGUAGAACCAGAAAUGCUUCAGAUUGCAAUUAUGUCUGCAUCUGAAAAGUCAGCCUUGAACCGUAUGCUCAAUCUCUACAACGAACAGAUCAAGAACGAAAAGACGAGCUUGCCAUCGUUCAUCCAAAACCUGGCUUACACUUUGAACGUCCGACGUACCUGGCUGCCAUACAGAUCAUUUCUAGUUCUCAGUAAUACUCGUGCCAUCGAUAACGUUGCACAAAAAGCUUCAUCGCCCUUGCGAGCAGCACACGAUCCAAAUUGCGCCUUCAUCUUUACAGGUCAAGGAGCCCAGUGGUCGGGUAUGGCACGAGAGCUUCUCCAAUUUCCCGCAUUUCGGCAAAAUAUCGUAGAAUCGAAUACCUAUCUGCGUGAUCUCGGCUGCACCUGGAAUCUUCUAGACGUUCUUGUCGACGAUACUUACGAAGCUGCUAUAAGCCAACCUGUGCUUAGCCAAACUUUAUGCUGUAUAAUUCAGAUUGCCAUGGUGGACCUUUAUGCGGAUCUUGAACUACUUCCCACCGCUGUAGUUGGACAUUCUUCUGGUGAAAUUGCUGCUGCAGGCAUUGUUUCCGAUCAAGCAUCGAGCCGGGCCGACUGUGGCAUGAUGGCCGUUUCCUUGUCCGCUACGGAUGCGAGCUACAUCAUUGCUGACCUUAACGAAUCGUAUCGCACUCCCUCCUUGUUCUUGGCUUGCGUGAACAGCCCUAAGAGUGUGACUGUCUCUGGCGACCGCGAGUGUAUGAAAGAGCUCGCUAUUAUCCUCGAGAAUCGAAACAUCUUUCAUCGACAACUGCGAGUUGAUAUCGCGUAUCAUUCACCAUAUAUGGCAUCCUCAGCAGAGCCUUACGCGAAAGCCGUCAUGUCACUGAUGCCUGGCUCCAACAAGGCAGUAUCGCCUAUCAUGAUAUCUUCUGUUACCGGAAACAUCGUCGACCAUCAAGAUCUACAGCAAGUAGAUUACUGGGUGAAGAAUAUGCUGCAACCGGUCCAUUUUUUGAACGCAAUCACACGACUCUGUUCCCCUAACGAAACACCACAACGCAAAAGACUCGACGGAAGACACCGAAAGCAUGUGAAGAUACAUGUGUUAGUGGAAAUAGGCCCACAUGCGGCCUUACGUGGCCCACUCCAAGAUACGCUUAGCGUCCAAUCAGGAACCAAUGGCAUCGCCUACUACUCAUCCCUUCAACGGAAACACCCCGCUGAUAGGACAUUCUUCACAACUCUCGGUUACAUGGCAUGUCGUGGCUUCAAUGUGAAACUUGACAAAGCGAAUGGCUUGUCCCAGACUGGCCCCCUGAAAGCAGCUCGCCUUCGGGUACUAUCAGAUUUGCCAGAGUAUCCUUUCGAUCACUCUCGAAAGCAUUGGACUAAAGGUCGAUUGGGAAAUGAGUAUAGGUUCCGUCGACAUCACAAACUGGACCUGUUAGGGAAGCCUGUUGUCGACUGGAAUCCGUUAGAGCCUAGGUGGCAGAACUUCCUCAAGCUAUCUGAGAUGCCAUGGGUUGGUGAUCAUAAGAUCGAUGGGGCCGUGAUUUAUCCAGCUGCCGGAAUGAUGGCGAUGGCAAUGGAAGCUUCUAAACAACUGAUUCAGAAAGACGGAAAACACCGAACUAUCAAGACGUUCAAAUUGACCAACAAUCAGUUCCCUACAGCCUUGGUUAUUCCUGCCACUCUAGAAGGAAUUGAGACCCAGCUCGUCCUGCGUCCGACCCACGGCGACUCCAAUGCAAACACGGCCUCUUGGGAAUACAGACUGUACUCUUGUGAUGAAGGUAAAUGGAACGAACACUGCAGUGGAAAGUUGAAUGUUGAGUUCGAACGCCAAUACAGUGCUGUAGACACUGGUGCGGAAGAGAGAGAAGAGACCAAGCGCAGCCAUGAGUUGCACAUCUCAGCCGAACAAUCCUCAAAAUGGUCUCACACCAACAAAGAUUUCUACUUGGGCUUAGCACGCUCAGGUUACAAAUUCGGACCAUCUUUCAAGGUUAUGGACAAUGUUACUUUUAGCGACGAAGGCCUCCCGCAGGCUACGGCAGAUGUCAAUUGUUUCCAGUGGCGAGAGAUCGACCAAGCGAAUCACUACCAAGAGCAUAUUGUUCAUCCUACGACCUUAGACGGAAUACUACAGCCCACUCUUGCCAUCGCCUCUCAAGCUGGAGAAGUUCUAAUGCCCACUUCUGUACCGAUGAGGAUCGACGAACUCUGCAUAUCUGCCACGGGACUCAGUUUCCCAGAGACCAGCACCGUAAAAAGCAGAGGAAUUCUGACUCAUAAGGGAAAUGUUGGGUUCGAAUGCGAUAUUACUGCCUUUGACAACUCUUUCAGCAAGAUCCUCGUGCGGGCGAAAUGUGUCAAACUCAGAUUUGUCACCGAAUCGGUAUCCUCGGCUCAGGGUAGUGAGCACCAAACUUGUUACAACAUCGUCUGGAAUCCAGACUUGGAUCUUCUGAGCCCUCACCACCCAUUUGUGGUUCCCAGUGACACAGCACUGCACCCUGUUUCGAGCCUUUUGGCAUUGGCUACCUUUAAGAGACCGGAUAUGGAUAUCACACAGCUCAGUGAUACCUCGAACGGAGAUACGCACCGCCUUCUUCGAAAUCUAUUCCCAAGUGAACAUGCGGAGAAGGCAUCUCUGCCUUUCAAAAGGUAUACGGUACUGGAGCUUUCUAGUAUUCCGCUGGAAGAUGUGCAGCAUAUUGUUAGCGAAUUUCAAGCCAUCGAAGUUGCUUCCUGGGAUCCUACCGAAGUAUGGCAGGCGAAUCGUUCCGACUCUGAGGGAUCCGAUCUGAUUCUUUGCCCUUGGAAUGCAGUUAUCCCACAACUUAUUCCUCGAGGUCUCGAACGGUUGAGAAUUGGCGGGAGGGUCAUCCUGUACAGGACUGAUGCGAGUGGUUCUGGACACGUCGAUGCCGAAAAAAUCAUGACCGUUCUAUCGGAGAAUGGCUUUGAGAAUGUACAAGCCCACUCCGCUACCAACGACAUUGCGAUCAUCGCCACUAAGUCUAAAGCGUUGUUACCGCCAGUUCAACCUUUGCAAGUCGUCACUUUGACCGAGUCACACUCCGAAUACCAGGGAACUCUUGCGGAAGCGCUCAGAAAUGAAUUGGCAAUGAACAAUAUACCUUGCGAGCCCAAAUUGAUCAACUCCGUCAACGCCAGUGAGAUCACUCCCGAGCUUGUAUACAUCUUUCUGUCCGACCUCGAACGGCCAAUUCUAGAAGAUCUCAAGUCAGAUGUUUUUCACCAGCUGAAACAGGUCUUGUUGAGAGCAAGAAAGUGCCUUUGGCUAACGGCACACAAUGACGACGGCUCUAUACCUCCUGGCCAAUGA